GGGAAUUUGAGGUCAACAACAACAACAACUGCAAAAAAUAGUGUCCGGACAUAAAACUUGGUUCAUGUAGUAACUUAAAUGUGUUUGACAGUUAUAUAUUCUCAUAUAAAAUAGAUUUUCUGACAAGGAAGAGUUAUAUUGUAAAAGAUCAUUCUGCAGAAUCUAUUGGACAAGAAUCUGAUUGGCUACAUGUAUGCUGUUAUAUUUACUAUUAAGAUUUUACCUUCAGGCAGAUGAAACUUAGUUAAAGGAGACCAUUGGACAUGUUCUUGAUGUGAAAUGAUUCCAGCAUGUUUAGACUGUAGAUGAUGAUAGAUAUAACAGACACUGCCUACCUGGGGAGAAGUUUCAGGACAAGGUCAUAGUAAAUAAGUGAAAAGUCACAGAGAGUCAACAUCACUGAUUUAUUUAUAUUUGUCAACAGUCGAUACACAGAUAUUGAUCAUACUGUCUGUCCAGUGAACAGCACCCUUGGGCAAUGUACGGUCACGGAGAGACGAUUGCAGACAAUAUUUCCAGCAGACGACAAUUUAUCUAGCAUGCUAAAGGUUAAAAUGAUGUUUAGCUGAUGUUGGGGUUUUGCAAAUGAAAGCCACAGUUCACCAAAAACCCUGAUACAGAUUAGGUGGAUCAGACAUUUGAUGGACUUGUGCAAAGGAAAAUAGCACUAUGACGUAAAAGGGAGUGUAUAUAGAUGUAUAGGAAAGAGUUCUGCUAGGGUAUGAAGAAGUCCAGUCUCCGACAUAUGUUUUUUUAACGUUGGAGGGAAGCAACAAUCAAGAUGCAGGGAAAUACAGAAGUUGAACUUACGGAGUUUGAGAAGAAGAUCAAUGAACGGGUCGGGUUUUCCUCGUGCUACCGGCCGAGACCCGUUACAACCGAAAAAUCAGAUGGAAACAUGCAUUUUAACAUAACAAAACAUCCAAAAGAAGCAUUAGAAAUCAUGAAUGCUUUACGUAGAUCAGAAAAAUUAUGUGAUGUGACGUUAUUAGUUGGUGAUGAAAAAUUUGUGUGUCAUAAAAUAGUGCUAGCAUCGUCGAGUUCAUAUUUCCGUGCAAUGUUUACAGGCGGCAUGAGAGAGGAGGAGAUGAGCAUAAUUCCCUUGCACGGAAUUCAUCCGUGCACAUUAGCAGUUCUAAUAGACUUUGCAUACACUGCAGAAAUUAGAGUCAGUGAACAAAAUGUGUGCUAUCUUUUGCCGGCAGCUACUAUGUUCCAGAUGAAUCACGUUGUUGAAGCGUGUAGUGUAUUUUUAGAACAGCAGUUGGAUGCUAGUAACUGUAUAGGAAUAACGGACUUUGCGAGUGAACAUGGAUGUACAGACCUGGAAACAAAGGCACGAGAAUAUAUUUAUAAACAUUUCUCAGAAGUAAUCAAAUGUGAUGAGUUUUUGCAAUUAACUUCUUCUCAGUUAGUUAAUUUAAUUAAACACGAUGAACUAAACGUGAAGUGUGAAUCGGAGGUUUUCAAUGCUGUGAUACGAUGGGUGCAACAUGACACAGAAAAAAGACUGUGUAAAUUAGAAAAUAUGUUGUCUGCUGUAAGGUGCCACUUUUUGUCCCCAAAUUUCUUAGAAAAGCAGUUAAAUCAUUGUACAGUUUUAAAGAAAAUGCCCCAGUGCCAAGAAUAUUUAUCUCGAAUUUUUCAGGGGCUUAAAUUACACCAAGUUUGUCCAGAAAAACCAAGAAAACCUUGUGCGCCAUUAGUGAUUUUUUCUGCUGGAGGAUAUUUGAGACAAUCUUUAAGUAAUUUUGAAUGUUACAAUCCACAAACAAAUCAGUGGUUAAAACUUCCCGAUUUACCAACACCACGUAGUGGGCUGUGUGGGUGCACAGUUAAGGGUUCAUUUUAUGCUGUGGGGGGUAGAAAUAAUUCUUCCGAGGGUAAUUUAGAUUCUAAUUCAGUGGAUAUGUAUGACCAGUAUAGACAUUGUUGGGUGCAGCGGUGUCCAAUGAUACUGCCGAGAAACAGAGUUGGGGUUUGUGCAAUGGACAAUAUGAUAUACGCUGUAGGCGGCUCUCAGGGACAGAUUCAUCAUAAUUCAGCUGAAAGGUAUGAUCCUGAUUUAGACAAGUGGCAGAAAAUUGCUCCUAUGAACAGUCAGCGUAUUGGUGUGGGUCUCACAUGUGUUAACCGGCUCUUGUUUGCAGUCGGAGGUUUUGACGGUCAGCAGCGUUUAAGAAGUGUAGAACGAUAUGAUCCUGAAAAAGAUGAGUGGUCAUACGUUUCACCUAUGAACACGACAAGAAGUGGUGCUGGUUGUGCGUCCCUUGAUGACUGUGUAUAUGUUGUGGGUGGUUACAACAGUUCCAGUCAGUUAUCUACAGUAGAGCGAUACUGUCUCAUGACAGAUAAGUGGGAGUUUGUAGCAUCAAUGAGAAGUCCAAGAAGUGCCCUCAGUGUAGCAGUACUGGGCGGAAAACUUUACGCUUUAGGUGGAUAUGACGGCAAUGAUUUCCUGUCCACCGUAGAGUGUUACGACCCAGAUAAAGAUGAGUGGACAGACGUCUCAUAUAUGACUUGCGGGCGGAGUGGUCACGGAGUUGCAGUGGGUGCAGAGCCUGUCGGCAGCUGACGGCAGUAAACCAGAAAUUACGUUGGAACAAAUAAACCAAAGUUGAAACUAUCAAUGUUUCUAUGGAAAUGCUGUACAGAUACAAUCACAGGAACAGUUAGGGUGAAGUCAAUGUUUUCACAUUCUGAAAACACAAAUCCUGCUUAUAUAUCUGAAAACCAUAGUACCAAAACGGACACCAGUGCUCACUAACUUUCUAAGAUAUUAAAACACCAACAUCAGUAUUAAGACAAAACCAGAUAAUGUCUGAAACACUGUGCAAAAUCCAGUUUCAUGUGCUUUGGCUGACCAGUUAAAUCUGAAAAUAAACCAGCUCUGCAGCUAAAACAUGCACACUGUAUUACAAGUAGGCAAACAGAAUAAUAGAAAUACUUCUAGAGGAACUGGACACAAAAAACUGAACCCUGUUGUAUGUAUUCAAAAUCUUUCAAACCUGUUACCAGUACAAAACGGUGAAAGCUGAUUUACCAUAGAAAACUAUCUGUGAAAAGCAGUUCACCAGUAGAAAAAUAUUAAUGAAAACCAGUUUACCAGUGAUGUAUUGAAUGUCAAAAUGGACAAGUGACCUGUGUAGCAGGCAGAAACGAGGAAAGGUUGGCGGCACAGCUGUCUCGAGCCUGUAAUAGACACACAGUGGAAAGCUGCUAAACAAUCCAAACCAAUACAACCUCAGCUAGUCAUCAAAGAUCUUAUGUACUGUCAAAGUUAUCAUUUUUAUGGCUCCUAGAAAAAUGGAAUAGUCACAGAAAAAUUUUGAAAGGACAGAUAUUUGUGGGUUUUGCUCCUCAUUUUUUUCUGCUCAUAGAUUGGUGUGAAAUGUCAAUUCUUUCAAUGACCUAUAAUAUUUAAAUAUAGAAAGUGAACGUUUAAGAAAACUACGGUUUCUGCAGAGUUGAACAUAAAGAGAGAAUGUUGUUAAACUUUUUUGUGAGUUUUUUUUUUGAAAACUUCUGUCUGGAUGACAGCAGUCAAAUAAAAGCAAUAUGUGAUUUUCAAGGCCAGUCAUCUGUUCCAUGUAUGAUUACAUGUUCAAUAAAACAACUUAUUCAAAGUUUUCUGUUAAUAAAAAUGAAAUUAUUUCGUAAUUUUGUGACAUUGCAUGUAGUUUAAAAUUGUACAUGAUUGAUUGCCGUAUUUUUUUUUCAGUUUAACAUUGUUGGUCAAUAUUUAUAGGUUCAAAAGUUCACAAGUUUUGCAGUAUAGAUUUCAUGUGACUUCAUGAGUGCAGUUUAACUCAAAGAUAAAAUGCAAAAAAAAUCAUAUUUUUAUUACAUGUACAUGGACUCUUAAAAAGAUACAAAUUUGUUUGUGCCUCAGUAAAAUAGACAUUUUGAUGUUGGUUAACUUUUAAAUGGGACAACACACAAAAAGUCAUUAAUGAAAAAUUUUGACUGUAAAGGUUCUGUUGUAACUUAUCAGCACUUUAUGUAAUCACAAUUUGGUUCUUCCAUUGAGAUUAUUUGUUAGAUGUCCAGCAGUGAGUAUAUGAGAAUUUUUGUAAAUGUUCACUUCCAUCUAUGAGUAAGUAGUUUUGAAUUAUGUAGUAUGAUUUGAUGCUUCUAAAGUUGUACCUUCAUAAUACAACAAGUAAAGUGCGGUUUUUUUGUGCUCUCAGCAUAGUUUUACUAAAUCAGUUUUAUUUUCAAGCUUUUUUGGAUUGUGUAGUUAAGUUUGCCAAAUUAACAUUUUUCUAUAGAUUACAAAAAAGUAAAUCAUUUGUUCCCAGCUUUUGGACUGUAAUUCAUACUGUUUAUAUAUGAUAAUUAAUUUUUUUUAAGUACAGGUGCAAUACUUGUGUACAAUGCUGAAUCAAGUCACAAAUUUCUUUACACAUAAAAAUCUGACCAUUUCUGUCCUAGCAUAAAAAAGUUCUUCUGUUUUAAAGAUAUAGAAAUGUGAGAACUUUUGACAGGUGAAUAGAGGCAAAACAAUCAUUGAGGUACAAAAAGCUUUUCUGUAGUUUACUGGUACUGUACCUCAACAUUCGUCCCGAAUAGAUUUGAAUGGAAUGUAGGAUCAAAUUGUAUGACAUUGUGCAUGAUUUCUUUGUUGUAGAGGAUUUUCAAAAACUGGGCUUUCUUUGUUGUAUAUGAUGUAGGACCAUUUUCUUAUUGAAUGCAAUCAGUUUUAAUCAAAAUGACUAAUACCUAGUAGAUAUUAGUAUAUUAUGUUAGACAUACUGAGCCUGUUCUUUUCUUAGUAACAUGAAAUUAAAGUGAUACUAUUUAACCAUCAUAAGAUGUGUUUAUUUUUCAGUGGUCAGAUUGCUAACAGAAAGUAUUCACAAGUGAAGAAGUUGUCUGAUAGAAAACUUUGUCUCUGUUUUGUUUGGAUUAAAUGAAUGAAAAUGUGAGAAAAUUGAAAACAGUGUUGUUAUGUAAAACUAAGAUAAAUAGUGUACAUUUUCUACAACAUUCAGCAAGUUUCAAAGAUUUCUAAGUUAGCAGUUAGCAAGGAGACAGGUUUUCAGUAAGAUUUAGCAACUUAAUAUCAGUGUUCGCUUUAGAUAAACUAUUAUUAUUUCAAAUUACACUAUUGUAUAUUAUUUUACAAAAACAAUUACUCUGUAAAAAAUGAAUCAGAUUUUUACCAUUUUUAUGAGUUUUGUUUUUCGGAUAUAAAUGGUAGAAAAACACUGAUCAGUUUUUACUGAUACUCAUUUCUAUAGCAUGGCCAAGAUAGCAUCUUUUAUGAAAUGAUUCAGCAUUUUUAAUUUUAAGUUCUGGUAUGUUAUUAUUCCUGUCCCAAUAAAAGAUGCUUUCAUUGUUAUAUGAUACUUUUAUAUGGCAAACCAUUAAACGUCUGUUUAUGGAACAUGUAUCAGUUUUGGUUGUGAGACAGUAACUAUAUUGGUUUCAGUUUUUUGCUGGGAGAAUAAUUAUAUACACAUACAUAGGUUAUGUAUAGUCUAAUUAUGUUUAGGGAUGGUGUACCCAUAGGUUAUUUACAGCCAAAACAUGUUUAAGGGCAGUGUGCACACAGAUGCCUUAUUUCCUAAGUAUUUAGGAUAGAAUAACUCCUGUUCCUUCAUGUAAGCUUGAAAUUGUGAAAAAUCUUUUCUAGCAUCAUUUUAUACAACAGAAUAGGAAGAAAUGAUGAAUAAUUUGUUAAGACUAUUGUUCAUGUUAUUACCAUGUUUGUUAUAAGACUUGAGAUCUGCAUAAUGUUCUUGUUACUUAUUAUUGAUGUUUAUUAUGAUAAAUUUGUUUUGUUAUGACAAUUUGUUAAGCAUUAUAUAGCUUUACAAAAUGAUCAGAACUGUGAAAAUAAAAAGAAAGUAACUAACUGAAUAAA